AUAUUUUCGCGGCGAAUUCGUAUCUUCUUCUAGUCUUCUCACUUCUACCGAGAAACCAGAUAGACACAACAAAAUUCUACUAAUGCAUUUGAUUAAUCUUCAUCUAUAAGAAACUCAGAACUUUGUUUCAAAGUAACCGUUCUACGGACGAUUCUUUUGGAGUAUUUUAUUACUACUUAGAACGUGCCUCCCGUAUCCAAGUGGGCUUUCUCAAGUCAAAGCUUCGAUUUUGGGACAAGAUUUACUGCUCUGAGCAAGAGGUUAAUGAUGCCUUCUUCCUCGAGUGUUUCGCAGAUCUCCUACUCCGAGAAAUACUUCGACGAGUACUUUGAGUAUCGUCAUGUGAUGUUACCCAAAGAACUGGUGAGCCAAGUUCCAAGCGUACACCUAAUGACAGAGAGUGAAUGGCGGAACCUGGGAGUGCAGCAGUCUCCGGGUUGGGUUCACUAUCUAAUACAUGAGCCAGAGCCACAUGUACUUCUCUUCAGAAGACCACUUCAAAACAACUCAGCAGAACAAAAUUCUUGAUGAGACAGCAAAAUACAAAAGAAGGGAGCUUGCUCAAAUUGACCAAUUAAUCCCUAGCUGAAAGGUUUUUAAUUUAUUUUUACAUUCUUAUGAAAAGUAUUAUUUUGCCUGUUAAAACUAUUUAUUAUAUUUCAAACCAAUACUUGGAAACUCAGUCAGCUUUAAACAAUUUACCAAAACAAUUCUGUAAUACCAAAAAGAGAAUGUUAGUUCGAUGGUUAUUGUUGAUUUUGUUCAAAAUUGUUUAAAUACUUUCAACAUAAAAAUUUUAUUUUUUGUGUAAAAAAACAUUGUAUAAAAAAGCAUAUCCAGUAAAAUGUAUUUGAAUUGUACAUCUCUUUAUCAUUUUUUUCCUUUAUUAUAUCUCAUAGCUUAUCCCUGUUUACUAAAUGAAUUCUUUUUAGGCCAAGUUCAAACGUCUUAUUAUCCAUGAGCCAUAUUUAAUGCAAAUGAACCAAGUCGAUUGUUUCAUCUUCAUUUGCAUGCAUUUGCAUCGAAUACGGCUCAUGAAUAAUACGACUUUUCAACUUAGCCUAAUAUACAUUACAAAAUGAUGACAGGGCUUAUAUUUACCACACUAUUAGAGAUGGCCUAUUAUAACUUAAAAGUAACCAAUACUGUUUUAUUUUUCCUGAGAAAUAAAUAAUCUAAACUAUUCA